UGUGGUUGUGGAACAUGAGAGGGCAUCCUGCAGACAGAAGGACUGCGUGUCCUGGCCUAGCCCCAGACACGCCGGUGUCUGACGCAGUCGCGUAUGCCUUGUGUGAGAUGGUCAGAGCGGAGGAGGGAGACCUGGCGCUCACCGGGGACUCAGCCAAUGUCAACACCUUCGGGGAGCUGAAGACCGUCCGCUUGCCGAAGAAGAUGACCGGGACAGGCACGCACAGAGGCUUCGGCUUCGUUGACUUCCUCACCAAGCAGGAUGCGAAGAGAGCCUUCAAUGCACUGUGUCACAGCACCCACCUGUACGGCCGGAGGCUGGUGCUGGAGUGGGCCGACUCGGAGGUGAGCGUGCAGGCCCUGCGGCGCAAGACAGCCGAGCACUUCCACGUGGGGAGUGCUGACCUCUGCAGAUGGCAUCGGUGGCCUCCACACCCGUGGUGUUUUUCCGUCUAGUCCGGUCAUUGGGAGGCCUGGCAGGAAGUCAGGGAGACGAGGCGCCUGGAUCAGGGUGGUCAUCCUCACCACUGCACCCCCACCACCGCCCCCUCCCUUCCUGUCCGGCUGCGCUGGCUGUCACUGCCACCAAAGGCCACAGCUCCCUUCCAGUGGCCCUCUCCACCCAGCGAGUGCUCUGUCCAGAGGCCAAGCCAGGGGCCCCUCGCCCCGAUUUUCCUGCAGCCAAUACCCCUUUACUUGUCCCUCCUCAGUUACCUGGUUAAAGCACCAUGCACUUCCUGCCAGGACCCUGGUGGUCCCAAGCCCAAGCCCCGCCUCUCAUGCACCUUGGUGGUAUCACCCGGCCUCACCGAUGACUCAGCCCCCGCCCCCCGCUAAUUAUCAGUGAGCCCCUGCCGUGUCCCAGCGCCAGGAGUGCGGCAGUGACCUGGGGUUGAGGGGGUUGGGUCCAGGUGGAAGGUGCUGGAUCCAGAAAGGCCUCCCGGCAGAGGUGACACUUGUGCCCGCAGAAGGGCUGCCCGAGGUUGUUGUGAGUGUGACACAUGGAGAGACAGGGCAGCCAGCAUGGUGGGAGCAGGCGGAAAGGAUGACCAGGGGGGCUUACACAAACCUCGCCUUCUCCGGCACGUUGUCCAGAAGUGGAAUGGAAGCCCUAUGAUUGUAGCGCCGCCCACCAGACUCUUUAGCACACACCCCCCUGCCAACCCCAGGGGCCUCUCCCUCCUAAUCCUUCCCCACCACAUCUCCCUCAGAGGUCACCGUCCCCAGAUGCCCAGCAGGACACUGUCUCUGCAUAUGCUGUUCCCUCUGCUCACAAUGCCUUGCCUCGACUUUUUUUUUUCAUCCUGGUCAGUGCCUAUCUAGCCUUUAAGGCCCAGUGCAAAGGACACCUCCUCCAGGAAGCGUUCCCUUUCCCCGCUCCCGAGGUUAUCAGUAAUGGCUCUGUCCUCUGCUCUUUGCACCUGUGUUCCUAUAUCUCCUUGCCGCAUUGUCGUGUAUUUCUUUACGAUUCUUCUCGCUGGAGUGGCGCCUUUCCCGUGGAGACUGCACCACCGGAGUCUGUCAGGACUUUGUCACUGAUGGGUUGAUCUCUGAGCCCCCAUGCCAGCCAAGGCCCGUCUGAGACUGGGGAAUCCAUAAGUAAAGGCAAACGAGAAACCAGAGAUGUUAGGGCUAAGUACACAGCCACAAGCACACAACUCAAUAAGUCCCCAAAUCCUAUCUUUAUCGACAGCCAUUGACAGGCCCAAAUGCACCCAUCGGCAAAUGUUUGUGUAAGGGACUCUCCCAUCCCCCCCCACCUCCCCUCCCUGGGGCCAGCAGGCGAGUGCAGGCUCAGCAGUCCUGCCCUGCCUCAGAGAGCAGCCCCCUUCAAUAGAUUGAUCUCCAAAGACAGCAUUAUUGCCUCCCCCCAAAAGAAAGCUGCAGCAGGAAGCGCUUCUGUGAGAUUGGCCAUCUCCCCAGGUCAACUGCAGGCUGAGGCCCAUUCAG